UGACCAAGAUCACGUCAUGUUGGCGAGGGUCUCUGACUGAGCUGCGCGUCUGACAUUCUCCGUUCUGGCUCUUCCACUUUUCAUCUGUAGAUUCUCAAAUUUAACCGAUGCUAGGCUGAAUCUGGCAUUCAGCAUUUAACCAAACCCUAAUUAGGGUUGAUAACUGGUGGUGUGCCGCGCAACUAGCAGCGGCGAGUGAUGGGCCGGGCGCAGGGCUGGGUGUGGUACGUGGUGCUGUGUGCGGCAGGCGCACAGGUGCUGGCGGGGUAUGACAUGGGGGUCAUCGGGGGGGCGCUCUUAUACAUAGUGGCGGAUUUCCAGCUGGAAAAGUUUCCGGAAGUGAUUGGCAUGGUGAUGUCGUCAUCCCUCAUUGGCGCACUCAUCGGCACCCUUGCGGCCGGCCCGACCGCCGAUUUUCUGGGACGCAGAACUACGCUCGUGAUUGCGGGGUACAUCUUCUUUGGGUGCGGAGCGCUCCUUGGAUGGUCGCCAAGUAUCACCGUUUUAGUUGCUGGCAGAGCGCUCCUGGGGCUUGCGAUCGGGCUGCAAUCCACCGUGCUUCCGCUGUACAUAGCAGAGUGCGCUCCGGCGCUCAUCCGGGGCAGUCUCAACACGAUGCCGCAGCUGGCGGUGACCAUUGGUAUCAUCCUCUCGUACUUCGCCGACUUCUUCGUGGGCAUCUCCUCGGCCCCCCUGUGGCGCCUCAUGCUCGGGCUCAGCUGCGUCCCUGCCGCCAUCUUUUUGGUGCUCAUCAAUUUCCCGCCCGAGUCCCCCCGGUGGCUCGUGAAAGCGGGCAGGAAGGACGAGGCCGCGCGGGCGCUGCGCAUGCUGCGGGGCGACGAUGCAGACAUCUCUGACGAGCUGGCGCUGAUCGUGCUCGACUGCCAACACGGCAAGGUGUCAGGCGGUUUGGAGGAGGGCCUCCUGCCGGGGCCGGAGCUCGACAUGCCCCUGGCACAACCUGGCCUCGCAGUCACCACGCUGGGCGGCUCUGGGGUUUCAGUGUCAAACGGCGAGGCCCUGUCGAGCGCUCAGGUGCGCACAGGGAGUGCGCACACUGGAUCAGCGCAGUCAGGAGGGCCGGACCAGACACAAGGGGUGCAAUCUGCGAAUCAGGGGAUUGGAAACGGGCUCGCAGCUCGAGGGGGCGAUGAACCAAUUCCAAGGGAAGGUGGGACCAACGCUCCAGGAGGGUACUCGAGCCAAAACCCGGGGGCAUUGGAAGGCGUCGACGAGGAAGGGAAAGGAGAAAAGGACGAGAUCGACAGCGGGGCGGCAGCGGUCGGCUCCAAAGAAGUUGGCGAGGAAGGAAUGGUGACACCGAGCGGGGGCGACACGCUGUGGGCCAGCUGGCGGGCCCUGGGGCUGGGCAUGGGGCUGAAGCUGCUGCAAGAGCUGUCGGGCAUCAGCGUUGUCCUGUACUACACCCCCGUCGUCCUGCGCGAGUCCGGCAUCGCGUCCCUCUUCGCGGGGGGGCCUUUUCACAUCGGCCUCAAGCCCGCCGCGAUCCUCGCGACCGCGUGCUCCUUCUCCAUGAAGCUUCCGGCCAUUCUGCUCGCGUUCCGCUUCAUGGACACCGCCGGCCGCCGCGUCAUGCUCCUUUCCAGCAUCCCCGUGAACAUCGCGUCGCUGCUGACGCUCGCGCUGACGUCGGCGUACCUCGAGAAAGGGCCGCUGCGCGCGGCGCUGUCUCUCGCAAGUACAUCGCUGUUUGCGUGCGCAUUCGCCACUGGCCUGGGCCCAGUCCCUACGGUGGUCAUCUCCGAGAUCUUCCCCAUGAAGACACGUGGCGUAGGGCAGAGCCUCUGCUUCUCGAUGCACUGGGUGUCCAACAUCAUCAUGACCGAGGCCUUUCCAAUCUUGCGGGUGUCCAUCGGCCUGCCCUGGACGUUUACCAUGUUCGCGGGACUGUGCGCCAUCGCAUGGUUCUUCGUCUUCUUCUUGAUGCCCGAGACGAAGGGCUACACGCUAGAGGAGAUUGGUCGAAAGAUGGCCGGGCAGCCGAUCGGGAGAGGAGUCGAGACAAGCGGCUCAGGUGACGGGUUGCAAACCGCGCAUCAAGACUGUCACCCGCGGGACUUCGAACGUUUGACGCGAAGUUAACGGUCCACGGUGCAAGGCACGAUAAGAAUGACUAGAUAGCGCAGUGAGAGUAGCGCUGGUCAUGGUAGCCCGCAGUGACAGGUCUGAUGCGAAGGGGGGUAUCAUCGGGAAGAUAUGGUAUGUCUGUGUAUCACAUUUUUGUAAAUAGAAGGUCUGUGUACAGGUUACAUAGGUGCUGCAAUAUAAGCUGAUGAUGGAAUCUCGUCAAGCCAGCUUUGACGUCUUCAGGAUUUCGGAGAUUUACUCUAUUGAAGAACAUGCCCGCUUACAGUUGCUGAUACCCUUUUGCUGAAGCCGAGUGCAAUAAUCACCAUACAUUGGUAUUC